UAAAGUUAUCUACACAUUUUCCCAUCCUAUUUUUAAUACGUUACCAACUACGAAACGUUUGUGUUCCUUAUAUAUUGUGUCGUCUAGUAUGUGUUUGGUGCUUGAUAAACGAUAAACGUGUUCGUAUUUAUAUUUUUGUAUUUAUUUGAGUUUUAUGAAAAUGAGUAAUUUAGGUGAUUUAUACAGAAAUAUUAUUUUUAACGACGAAUCUUGUGUCAAAUUUUUAAAAGAACGUGGGUUAUUACCGAAUUCAAAUGUAUGUACUAAAUUAAAUGCUACGGGUGAAGUGUGUGGUGGUGACAUGAAAGAAACAUUAAAAAAUAGUCGAAAACGAGAUGCAAACGGCCAAUUAGUUAAAACCAAAUACAUGCGAUGCCAAACAAGAGGAUGUCAAAAAUGGCAAUCUAUACGUUCUCAAAAUCCAUUUUUUACCUACAUGGAUAAAAAUGGAAAAAAUAAAAGUGGUUUGAGUUUGUGUGAAAUCAUUGAACUUGUUUGGUGCUGGGUAAAUAAAUUUAAAGUCGCACAAACCGAAAAAAUAACUGGCAGAGGUCAUCAUACAGUCUCGGAUUGGUUCAAUUUAUGUCGAGACGUGGUGGCAGAACAGUUUAAUAAACGUGGAAAAAUGGGUGGAAAAGGAUUAAUAGUACAAAUAGAUGAAUCUAUUUUUCAAGGGAAACGUAAGUACAACAGAGGAAGACUUCGCCUUGGAGAUUGUAAACCUGUUGAUAAUGAAGAUACUGAUGGUAAAACUACUGAUUCUUCCGAGGAUAAUUCUAACGAAGAAAAUCAAAACGAUCAAAAUGAAAAUUAUGGUAGCCGAGUUCAAGGACCUUGGGUGUUUGGCAUGUGCUGUUUACGUGAAGAUGGAAUUUUGGAACGCCGUUUUUUAUUGUCAAUAAGAGGGAUCGAGACACAUUAUUACCAAUAAUAAUUCAAGAAAUAGAACCAGGAUCAACAGUUCAUUCAGAUGAGUGGAGAGCCUAUAGCACUUUAAAAAAUUAUGGUUUUCUUCACCAAACUGUUAAUCAUAGUAAGAACUUUAUAGAUC